CGUGGUGUUGGCAGGGGACGGAGGGCGCAAACCCUCCCAAUCCCCGACCGAGUUCUUGCUUUCGGUUUUGCGCCGAAGCCGCGCAGCGCGAUUUGUUGUAACGUCUGUUGUUUGUCUGUUUCUUGUUUGCUGCCUAAUUCUUCUUUAUCUAGACACCAGAAUGGGACAAACCGUCGCUACGCCCCUGGGCCUCACUCUCGACCGCUGGUCGGAUGUAAAAGGCCGUGGCAACAAUGAAGGAGUCAUCAUCAAAAAGAAUAAAUGGACCACCCUCUGCGAGGCCGAAUGGGUUAGGAUGGGUGUUGGCUGGCCCCGAGAGGGCUCCUUUAACCUCUCUUUGAUUUCACAGGUUGAAGGGAAGAUUUUUGCCUCCAAACCCCACGGGCACCCGGACCAGGUCCCCUACAUAGCCAUCUGGAGAUCCCUGGUAGAAAACCCAUUUCCAUGGGUCAAGCCCUUCCUCCUAGGUCCCUCUACAACCCCUUUGGCUUCUCCCCCGCCCUCCGCACCUCCUGCGAUUUCUUCCUCCUCUUUAUACCCUAUACUUCCCCGCAAAGAGGCUCUCAAGCCUUCCGUCCUCCCCUCCGACCUAGACUCUCCCCUCAUUGACCUCCUAACAGCUGAGCCGCCACCUUAUCGCGCGGCACCGGCCGCGCCAGCCGCGGGACCGGAAACAGGGACGCCGGCCAUCGGAGGGGCAGCAGCCCCUGAGAGGAUGGCAACUGGCGGGGACACAGGGGGGACCCCGGUUCCCUCACCCAUCGCCAGUCGCCUUCGGGCCCGCCGGGAUGACACCCCCCUGGAAUCCAAGGCCUUUCCCCUCAGGGAAGGGCCCGGCCGCCAUCUUCAGUACUGGCCAUUCUCGGCCUCUGAUCUCUAUAACUGGAAACAAUUUAACCCCCCAUUUUCCAAAGACCCCGUGGCGUUAACCAACUUGAUUGAGUCUAUCCUAGUGACCCAUCGGCCAACCUGGGAUGACUGCCAACAGCUUUUGCAGACCCUCCUGACUGUGGAGGAGAAGCAGCGGGUGUUCCUGGAAGCACGGAAGCUGGUCCCCGGCGAAGAUGGGAGACCUACCCAGCUCCCCAAUCUCAUUGACAUAGCCUUUCCCCUCACGCGCCCGAAUUGGGAUUAUACCACCGAUGAAGGUAGGGGACACCUACGUCUCUAUCGCCAGUUGCUUUUAGCGGGUCUCCGUGCCGCUGCUAGGCGGCCCACUAAUUUGGCCCAGGUAAGAAGCACCAUCCAGGGAAGGGAGGAGACGCCGGCCGCAUUCUUAGAAAGGCUAAAAGAGGCUUAUAGAAUGUACACCCCCUAUGAUCCAGAGGACCCAGGGCAGGCGCCAGGAGUUAUCCUGUCAUUUAUCUACCAGUCGAGCCCAGAUAUCAGGACUAAGUUACAGAGG